CCAGGAUAUGUGCCUGCUUUUUGAAGCAUGGACUCAUCACUUGUAUGCAGUAUUCUAGUUGCGAUCUGAUAUAUGUUACAUAGAGUAUUUGGAACAAACCCCAGUCUAAUCGUUUGAAAGCCCUUCGAAGUGCCUAUAGCAUUUGAGAAGCCUUAUCUGCGGCUCGAUUACAAUUUGCCAUUGGUUUUAGGUCAUGACUUACAAUAAUUCCUAGUUGUUAAUUUAACUCAAACAAGCUUGUAGCAUUAUGUCAUCAUAGAAUGUACAUUAGCAACAGGCUGGAUAAACCGGUCUUACAGGCUAAUGACUACUUUAAAUUUGCUUCGAGUUAUCUUAACAAGGAUUAAUUUUCCACUCAGAAGGCUGCUGGAAGCGAAUGCAAAGAGCAAAGUACAGCGGAGAUGUGUUACUGAAGCUCGAUCCUCUACUCAGAACACUCAGAACACAUCCACUUAAAUGUCUAAUUUUUUAACAUCUGUGUACGAAGAUGCACGAAAAUUGACGUUUAGUGAUGGCAUUAUUUUCUAGGCUUCGUUUCAAACAAACUUUUGAUGAAAUACAACCUAUCGGUCACUACUCUGCCUAUGAUGCGCGACAGUAUUCGAAGAAGGCCAUUUGUAUGCAGUGGUACUUGCUCGCAUUCCAUCUGUCAAAAUUCUCACAAAAAGGCACCAUCUUCAUCACGUUUGACUGGAGAUAAAAGUUGUGGUACUAUAAAAAAGAAAACCCUAAACAGACCAUGUUCUGAAGAUAGUAAAAUCAGACGUGAUCAACUAAAUUCAAAUGAUAAUCCAAACAGUAACAACAGUUCUGCCAAUUCUGAUUCACCUCGAACAGCUGAAGUCCACGAAAUGAAGUGUGUCAAUAGUGAGGGUGAUGACAAUCACUUCAGCAAUGAAUAUUGUUGUGAAUCUCUAUCUAAUCAAAGCAUAUUUUAUAAUCUUUUAACUCGUCUUGAAGAACACUUAGAUGAGGAGAGAAAGACUAAUGCUAAACUACAAGCUGAACUGAUGGAUAAAAGUGGCUAUGAAAAGCAAAUCUCUGAUAUACGUUCCAGUUAUGAAGCUGAAGUACUUCGACUACAGAAUGUAAUAACACGUUUACAGGAACAAUCUCAUGCUAUGCCUAGAAUUCAUCAUUGUGAUGAUGGUGAGAAGUCGACAGAAUCGAAAAUAGGAGAGAUGAAAGAAUUAAUUGCUACACAUAAUAAUGAUAAUAAAUUAAAAAAAGAAUAUGAAAAGCAAGAAUUGUUAAUCUCUGGUUAUCAACGUGAAAAUGAAAAGCUUUACGCACACAUUAAAAAUUUAAAGAAGGAUACCACAACUGGAACAGAAGAUUCAAAGACUGCAAAACGUCUUACUAGUGAAAAUCUUUCAUUACGCAUUGAAGUGGAACAAUUGAACAAGGAGUUGAAAUUACGUGGUCAACAAAUCUGUACUAUGCUGUCUAGGAAUUCUAGACUGAAACAAGAGAAUCGAAUCAGUGAAUUAGAGGAGGUAAAUAGACAACUGCAAACUGAUAAAGAGAAAAUAUUGAAAGAUUUAGAGGCUACACGUUCAGAGUUGGCAAAUAUGAACUUAAAGGUAAAUAAUCUUGAACGUGAUAAGUCUGGGCUCACUACAGAAUAUGAAUGUUUUAAGCAGAAAUCUCAAGCAGAUUAUCAGAAUAUGAAAGAACAAUACGAAAGUCGAGUUGAAGAACUUCAAAAGAAACUACGCUGGUAUGUUGAAAACCAAGCAAUGAUUAAUAAAGAUACUAAGAAGCUACAGACUCAAUGAGCGUGAAACCGAUACAGCAAAAUUUGGUCAAAUGCAAUCGAAAUAGUCAAGAGCUUUACAAAGGAUAUUUGAAGGCAAUGAGAUGGAUGCCUUGGACCUAGGUAUCGUGUUCAAUCGCACUCAUCUGAAAUCUUCAAGGAACAGAUUCGAAACGACGACUUCUAGUGCUGCAGUUAGAGAAGUUGCCACUUGGCUAUUCAGCCUCACAAUUAGCCGCAAGUCAGUCGUCAACAGAGAGAUUGGUUGGUCAUUAUAGACAGUGAUUCAUGUCUUUCAACGAGUGUUUUGUGUUGUUGCAGACAAGUACUAAGAAACAUGAAACCCAAGAUCCACAGCUUCCUACCAGCUGCAUAGCCUUCCUCGUCAAGCUGGAAAAGAGCUAACGGAGGUCAAACCGAAACAAGGCUUCAUCAGUCAAUGAAAUCCAC